AUGUCGAUUGACGAAACUCCCCUUGCAUACUCGACUCACGAGCGUCGUGACUCGCUCGAGAAGCACCUCCAAAUGCGCCCGGACGUGCAGGACCUCAAGGACCGCCAUAUCCUGCUGGAUACUAAGGUUGAUCCGUAUGCAGCAUGUCUUCCUGUCGGCCUGGACCUUCAGAAGAGCCUGGAGAAGCGUCCUGCUAAGGACGAACUGGUGGAGCGUAAUAUCCUCCUCGCCACCAACCAGGCUGCGGCUUUGCAAGGUCCAGCCCGCGAUCUCGAGCGCCACAUGCUGGCUGAUAACUUAGAGCACAAGAUUAUGAAUCGCCCUCAGCCCGAAGACCUUAUCACUCAGGGAAUUCUCGAGGAAGAUGAAGAUCCUCGUUCGGCUUAA